UCCUCUAUUACCUAUUUACACAAUGCUUAAAUAUAUCACAUUAUUAAUGCUCUUGGCUACAACGGUGCUUGCUGACUUGUCACUGAAACCUACUUCAGAGACGGAGCUUUCCAGCUGUUUCCAAUGUCCUGGUGAAAACAACCGCUGUUAUCUUUUCAAUGCAGACAAGAAGCAAGCAUGUUUAAAAGAGAGUAAUGGAAGCACCAUCACCGAUUCAUGCACUUCAGAAAAUACUUUCUUCGACUAUAAAAAUAACAAUUAUACUAUGAAGCCGGAAUUCGUUAAUGGAAACUGUCAAAUCACAUUAGGUGUACCUAUUACUGGUCAAGGCCUAUCUGGAACAUUUUGCCAAUCGACUGAUAAUAAGAUGGUUACGCUCUGUUUGGUUCACUUGGAAAAGAAUAGCGCAUCAACGCCUGUUAUCCCUAGCUUGGAAAGCGGCUCUCCCCCUUCUAUCAAUUCUGUUGCUGCAUCCAGUGCUACUGCCUUGGAAUUCUUCUUGCCCUGUGUGUUCUUAACAUUAUUGGCAGCUUUGUCAUUUAUUUAAUUUAUAAUAAAAAGUAUCUAAUUUAAUGCUCUCUGAUAAAG